AUGAUAAAAUUAAAAAAGAUGUAUAUUUCAUUCUUUGUUCUGCUCAUCAGCAUACAGUUGCGAGUAAAUGGACAAUGUCCAGUUGGUGAUGAAUACAGAACAGUAACUCGUUGUGAUGGAUCACAUAAAUCUGAAAAACGAAUGUAUAUGUACGCAGACUUCAGUAAGAUAAACCAUCCAUGCACAUGUACUGUGACUGCGUUGUUUGUGGGUCGUAUAACUGUGAGGUCAUGGGGAGCUACAUCUAAAUGUAAUAACAGAGUUACAGUGAACAACAAAGUGACAUUCAACUGCAAAGAUAAUGGAUUUCAUACGUUCGAUGUCAGUAUCAACGAUACAGUCCUAUUUGAGGCCGACUAUCAGCAAGGAUACACUAAAGGGCAGUUUAAACAAUGCCUUGGAAUCUAUAAUAACGGUGAUGGCGUUGGAAAGUUUAGUAUCAAAUGUACAACACAACACAGACCAGUAUCAUCAAUUAAAACCACAACUUCUCGACCACCUGCUUCUCGAUUAAUAUAUAUGUCUUCUACUGCUUCGUUUAAAGAAUCUUCAGAUGUGUUAAACGUCAAACAAGGAAAAUGUCCGAAUGGUGAAGAAUACAGAACAGCCACUAGUUGUGAUGGAUCGACCAAAUCUGAAAAACAUUUAUUCGUAGAUAUCAGUAAAAUAAAUCGUCCAUGUGCUUGUACUGUGACUGCUUCGUUUUCGGGUCGAAUAACCGUGACGUCAUGGAGAGUAGAACACUCUAAAUGUAACAACAAAGUUACAGUGAACAACGUGACUUUCAAUUGCAAAGAUAAUAAAUAUAGCAUUUUUGACGUACGGAUCAACGACAGAGUUCUAUUUGUGGCAGAUUUUUGGCAAGGAUAUACUUCAGGGGAGUUUAAACAAUGUUUAAGAGUCGGCAACGAUGAAUCGACUGCCGUUAAACAAAGACACUCCAUGGACGACAGUAAACGCAAUGACCGGGUCUGCUAUGCCACAGUCAAGUUUGCUUAA